UCCGUGCCGAGAACCGACUCGAGAACCCACGGCCGCCAGCCGCCGCCCGUCCCACAUCCCACCGGCGGCGACGUGGGGUUACAGCCAUCAGCACGCCGCCAUCGACUGUGUGAUGGUGGAGCCAGAGGGGUGGUGGUAAUAAGUGCGAUCCCACCCCAGGCGCCACAUCGGGCCUGGAUCGAUGAGCCGCCGUUCCUCGCCAGCGCCGCUGGAUGACGGCGACCUCCUGGAGGAGAUCCUGCUCCGCCUGCCUCCUAAGCCGUCGUCCCUCCGGCGCGCAUCCAUCGUCUGCAGGCGCUGGCGUGGCAUCCUUGCCGACCGCCGAUUCAUUCGACGCUUCCGCAAACACCACCGGAAGCCUCCUCUCUUGGGCUACUUCGACAGAAAAUAUGAAGGGGCCGACUUCACUGCGAUGUCAGGGUUCACCGCCAAUAUGACCUCUAUCCCUCGUCUUUGCCACCUCAACCUCGUCGACUGCCGCCACGGUGUUGCCCUUUUUCUUGAUCAUGCACUCUGCGAGAUCCUCGUGUGGAACCCUAUCGCCGGCGUCCGGCGCCACGUGGCUUUUCCACCUUGGCUCAACAAUCGCUGUGAUUGCGUGGUCGAGACUUCCGCAGUGCUCUGCUCCGCCUCCGACGAUCUCCCGGUGCAUGGUGAUUGCCAUUUGAGCGCAUUUAAACUAGUAUUGGUUGGGGAAUAUCCUAACCAAGCAAAGGCAUUCACAUGUCUCUAUGAAUCCAAGUCUGACACAUGGAGAAAAGUUAUCACGACAGCGGCUCGAUAUGCGGUUUAUGUGAACAGGCCCAACGUCCUAGUUGGAAAUACACUUUGCUGGUUACUUUACAGCGCAGACCUCCUUCAGUUUGAUUUUGGAAAUCAGAAGUUUGUUGUGAUUGAGAAGCCAGCAGACGCCUAUGCUCAUGUCAACUGUUAGUAUUUUCAGCCCUUGCGGAGAGAGGAUGGCGGCCUUGGCCUGGCUGUUUGCUCAAAAAACCUAAGCAUGCAACUAUGGGCGAGGAAAUCCAACUGCGAUGACGUUGUGCCGUGGGUGCUAGAGAAAACUAUUCAGCUGGACGAUCAAAUUUCACAUCCCUUAUUUCCGAGCUUAACAAGAUCGGUUAUGAUGAUGGGGUAUGACGAGAACACAAAUGUGAUCUUCCUAUGUUUUGAAAAUCGUCAUCACUUCAUGUUCCAGCUUGACUCGAUGCAGUUCAGACAUAUUGGUACGAAAACAUGCUGGGAUCACAAAAUGUGUUAUCCAUAUAGAAAUUUCUGUACUGAAGAGGUGCCACAAUAAGAUGAGGAAGGUUUUGGAUCGAAGAAGAGUGAGCCGCCCUACAAUUCUGAUGUGGCAGCUGGGUAUGCGGUAGGAGGAACUGUCUUAGGGAAUCCAGUAAAAUAGUAUGAGCAUUUAUUAGUUGAGUUUUGAGCCAGUGGCAAGUUUGGUACUGGGAUAGGAUAUUCGACGUAACUGGACCAGAUGCUGCUAUGAUGUACAUCUGAACUGUUUGUUAGAGUCCUGGUAUCUUAUGUUUAACAAGACUAUGACAGCAGCGGCAAGGGCUCGAACCCUGUACAGUGACAGCUAGUUUUCAGAGGUGGAGGCGUUUGUGGCUUGGGUUCAUG